AUAUGAUCAACUUUCCAAUGAAAAAGAAAUAGAAAAUAAAACCAACUAGACAUUAUAGAGAAACGACCCCGUGCUGGGAACUAAACACCACUUCAUGUCGUGCUUCAUGCCUCAUUUGUUGCCGGGCCUCACCUGGAGCUCCUUCCUGCUCUGCCCACAUUGUCAUCACUGCAAUCUCUCCCUUCUGCAAGACAUCUUCAAGACCAUCCCUUAACUUCAGUCUCCUCUCGAGAUAUCCUGGAUUCUUUUCGUGUGCUUCUUCUAUCUAGUUUCAUCUUCUACACCGAUAUUCCCAUUCCCGUCGACUGAAACGUAGGCUUUCUCUUCUCUACAGCAAAAGUUCGCCCUGUCAAUUUGAUCAAUAAAGAUGAUUUUGCAUUAUAUAUGCAUAUAUAUCCUUUCCAUGCUUGUAAACGCAUCAAUUUUCGACUCGUACCCAGCUUUUCUGCCAAAGGGACCAGAGCAGUCGGCGGAGAACCUUGAGCUCGUCAGCCUUUUCCAGUCGCGCUCGCUACAAAAUAACCAGAUUUUCUCAACUGCGAUCCAGCUCCUUGAAUCCAUGAAAUCUUCGCGAUCCUGCAGUAGAGUUGCAGCCACAAAGCUACUCACAUCUUGUCAGGGCCUAAGCAACUCUGAUAAAUCUAAACGCUCUGAUGUCGCGACUGCGCUGGACAAGAUCAAGUCGGUGUACGCAGCGAGACUAGCUCUUUGUGAACUCACGGGAGCUGGCGCUCCAAUUCCCAUGCCCUGCUCGUUGCUGCAUAUCACACCCGACAAGCUGCAAGAUAGAGUUUCUCUGAGCUCUGAGGAUAGCAUGGACAGUCUAUCGCCAACUGCCAUAGAAAGUUGUCUCAAAACAUUGGAAUCAAGACCCCAGUGGUGGACAAGCUAUAGUAACAGCAGGCAGAACGCCAUUGUGAUAUGCCAGGCAGCACGCAUCGAAGUCGAAAAGGAGGAAAUGCUCCAUCUACAUCAGUCACUGGCAGAAAAUAUGGCAAAUCUCAACAGAGGCCUACAAGACUCCCUGCGUGAUGCCGUGUCGGAAGGAAUUCAUCACAAGGAAUUCGUGGAAACUGUAUACGACCUUCGAGCCCAAUUGAUGGCCGAGCUUCAAGAAGACCAGAAUCGGGCCCGAGGCAUCUUUGCAAAUUUAUAUCACGAGCUUGAAGCCUCGGUGGGACUCAGUAUCUCCAAAAUACUUUCGCUACUUAGAGACGUAGAACUGGAUACAGUGGCUUUAAACAAGGAAAUGCAGGGCUCUACUCAAGGCAUCGAUCAACUGAACUCUCAUCUCCGAGAUUUGUACAAUGGUAUCGAACAACAAAAUUCGAAAAUCAAAGAAACCUACGAAAGAGACGCACGAGACAUGCAAUCCAGUUAUGAAUUAGCCGUUGCCAUGCGGUCAUCGUUAAAUGACAUAGGGAAAUCGGUAGCUGGGGUUGAUGGAGCUCUGGAGUGGUUGGUAGAGCGCUUUGCAGCAAUCCAACAACAGGAAAGUUUUUUGAUCGAGCGCAUGCAUUCUUUCGAGGCUCAUUUAGAAAAGUCUAAUCAUCAGGCAAAAGAACUACUCGAAACCCAGACUAUGCAAGUCAAAACCAUGGAAACACAAGCCCGAGCUCAAGCAUCCUUAAGUGCGAGUACAAAGGCUGCAAAUACAUUGCUCGACAAAUUGACUACCCGUGCAGCUAAGAUUGAAUCUGUGCUCGAGGAAACAGCGUCCAGGUUUGACGAUAUCUCUUCACUGGGGAGCUUUUUCGGCGUUAAAGUCUCGGCUUGGACCAUCUCCUCUUUACUAUUUUCCGUCAUUGCCGUGCAGAACCCUAGGGUUGCGGUAAUUCUCUUGGUUUUUUCAGGUAUCACAUUGAUCUACAAGGCAACAUUAAUCGUCAUGCCAAUAAUCUUUCCAGCAUCACUAGUUACGCCAGCUGCCGCCUUAUCUACGAACUAGAUGAUCUCAUUUAUAUUUCCAUUGCAUAUUUUCGCAAUAGUUUUUCUCUAUUAUUAUUGGAGUUGGCGCGACGCGAUCAUGAGAAAAGGUCAUUCAUGGCCUCAUAAAUAAUCGAUUCAUUCUCCGUAUAUACUAGACAUGCAGCUAUAUUUAUUUGUCUAUUUCAUAUGCUUGAAACAUCUCUACCUAAUACAAUGUAAUCGUCAACUAAUA